AUGGUCGAGAAUCUAGCCCCGACUUUGUCAUUCGAGACUUUCGAAGAUGCCAUCGCACCGCUAUUUAGCAAAGUCGCCUCUCAGACAGCCAGAAAUGCACCGCUUGACCAGAUCGUGUUCGACAAAAUCAGCAGUCUCCUCCUCUCGGCAGGCAAACGCGCUUGGGCGGAUCGACCAAGGACCUACACUGUUCUCCGGCUCAUCAACCGCAUUGAUGCUAUGGAUGACUUUAUCUUAAACGACUACCUGGAUAUCCAACUUCCAUACACCGAACGCCGCCUCCCCGAGAUUCUCAAGGGAGCCUCACGUCACACGUUUCUCGAGAAACAAGCAGUGGUAUUGACCGGCGCGAAUGAGCUAGAGCUUGAACGCGGCCGACACCGGCACCUCAACGUUGAUGGCGACACGUUCUUCACGAUACUUUCGCACCUCGGCGCUGGCAAGUACGGCCGUGUGGAUCGUGUCCGCAGUAAGUUAUCCCUGGAGGAGUAUGCACGCAAGCGGAUUGCACGCUCCCGUACUUUCUCUCGUGACACGGCUGGAAUGCGGAUAUUCGAGAACGAGCUGUCCCAUCUGAAACGCCUCCGCCACCAUCACCUCGUCACCUUCAUCGGCUCCUACACAGAUCCACGCACAUACCGAGGAUCCCUAUCCGCCGCUGGAGGUAUAGUCCUUGUGGCGGAUCUCGCAAACACUUCUCUACAACAGAGUCUAUCUACCGAAAGUACACGAAAGACUUCGACGCUUAUGGAGAACGACAUAUCCACGCCCACCAACAUGUUUUCCGUCAACAGGGGUGUUCGUCAACCAAACUCAAAUCCUGAUGUCGUCUCGCUGUCCGAUGGCAACGAUGCAACAAUCGCAUCGUCAGCGUCCGUCCGGGAUUCAUUACCGCUAGCACAACCCUCCAGAGCCACAUUUCUGUCUCGGUCGUAUACCGCCGCCUUCUAUCGCACACUGGAGAGGGACUUUCAGAAUGCGCGGGAAUUGCUCGCGGCGAUGUCCAACGGUAAUUGGGGCUUUCAGGAAUUCUGCGAACCUCUCAGUUACACAAGCAAGAACUUUGUCGAUACCGCAAAUAGCAUUCACUGGGAGAGACAAUAUUUUUCCAUUGACGUACUCGGUCGCAGGUUCGACACGUAUGGUUUCGGCAAAUGGUUUUGUCAGCGAGUGGCAUACCAUCUGGGCACAGGCCCCGAAUUUAGCAUUGCGGGGAGAAUAUGGCUCAACAUUCUUCUUCUCGAAUUAAGAAUCGUCAUUCAAACGGAGCUCCUACACGCAGCUAAGCUGAUGUACUCCUCUGAAGGCUUGAGGCUUGAGAACCCUUGGCUCAUCCCGGAAUCAGAAGUGUCGAAAGUCAUGGAAAGCAACUCGAAGUGCAGACAUUCAUGGGAGGCUUUCAAAGAAGAAUUGAGGCGAUGCGAAGACUGGGCCUACUACGAUUCCGACUUGAAAGCCGAAUCCGAAGACCCAUGUGCUGAAUUCAGCAAGCGAGCUCUCACUGCCACUUGCUCGUAUGUGAGAGGAGUGCUGAAAGAUGGCGAGUUUCCUCUACUUGGGGUAGAAUUGGAGAGCGUUGAGGAUCAGUACGCUAUUGCUUGGUUUCCAUUCCUUGCAAACAUGCUGCGCCACGCGUGA